GCAUGUCUGACAGACUCACCUGUUUGUGCACGCUAUUUACCUUUAUUUAAAUGAAAGUAUCAAUCGUAUCGAGUGACACCUGAGUUGAAGCUGCUGUCGGUGUGACGAGCCAAGACCGUUCCAGGUGAUAAAAACACCUCACCGGGUCUCUGUUUGAGUCUGUUGUUCAGUGCCUGGGCGUGUUUACGUAGAAUUGUUUUCAGAGAUGAAUGAGUUUUGUGAGAUGUUUCAGGAAAUGUUCGACAUCGCCCAGUUUUUUUGGAUUCAUAUUCUGGUCUUGAUCUGUUUUUGAGCUGCUUUUGUUCACAUUGCAACAGUUUGAGGAUCGUGCACUUACGACUACUUCAUCCAGGGCUUUAAAACAGGAUGGAGGUCUCGGACCGAGAUGGGGAGCUCCUUCGGUCUACCAUCCGUACGCAGAGCACGGGGUCGAACACUGGCGUCAGUUCAGACCCAGAACCUGACAUCCAGCCUGAAUCCAACCAAGGGACACCGGGCCUCCCACCGCAGGCUGACAUCGAGACCCGCAUACAGCAGCUUAACAGCAGGCGCUGCCUCCUGCUGCAUGUCAGGCAGAUGUCGAGGGAUGCUAACGGAGGGACCAUAGCAGAAAUGACCAGCGAGGACGGCGACAAACUGUGUGAGCUGGAGGCCAUCCUGAGGGAGCUGGAGGAGCUGCUGCUUAAAAAGAAGGAGCUGGAGAAACAUGGACAGAGCUCCAGACUCAGUCACGGUCAAGAGGCCGUGCGUCACACUUCUUCUUCUAAAAUGGAGACACCCCACGGGGGGAUCUGCGUGCUGCCGCAUCACCAGCCAACACAGGUGGACACAUCGCCGCAGCAGACUGGGCCCGUGGACGAGACGCAGACGGGCGCCGCCGCCCCUCUCCCAGUGGACCGUCUGGCUCAAGCAGCAGCGGUCACCCUGUGUCCGUCCUGUCAGGAGGUUGUCCUCACCGACACCAGGAGCACGGUGGGCGAGGCGAUGUGGCUGCUCUGCUGCGUGUUCUCCUCGAUGGGGGGUUUUGCAGGUUGCUGUCUAAUCCCUUUCUUCAUGGACCAACUGAGGGACGUCCACCACCAGUGUCCUAACUGCAAGGAACACAUCCACACCUUCCAGCCAUUAUGACUUGGAUGUGUGAUCUGUACAGCGUGGUCCGUGACUUCUCUACUUGAGUGACAGCUCCCCGAGGUCUCUGAGCUGUUUGGGACUCGACCUUGGCACUCUUUUUUUUUUUUUUUUUUUUUUUUUUGCCGCACCACACUGAGGGAGCUCAACAAACACUUUGAUAUUUUGUCUCUGCUCUGGGCGAGGGCUUGUUUCAUUUUUGAUUCUACAGUUGACCUCGGCAACGCUCCUGGUACUGACUGACUAAAGUCUCGGCAAUACUGAAGUCAAACAUUCUAUGUGAGGCCGCUGUUACAACUCGCCUCAGAAUACCUUGUUGAGCAGCUAUUCCUCUGACUUUGGUGUAUUAAAGGAGCACUAUGUGGGUUUGGGGAAGACAUUUUAAUCUGAAGAGAAAGAUCAUCAUUGACAUCUUCAUUAAACUAAAUUAACAAACUUUCUUUUCAUGACCGAAUAAACAAACUGACCUUAAAGGAUGACACAAUUUCACACUGUUUAUGUGUGGCGGACCCUGCCACCUCUCUAGCUUCA